AUGUCGGUUGUCGACCCUCUAGCCGUUCCCGCGACACCGCUCACGCGGCCACCGACGUCCGUGCUGCCUCCGGCGCAGCGGACACCGUCUUUCGUCCUCAGCGCGUCGAACAGGUCCUACAAGCAUCAAUAUGCAAACAUAUACUUCGCGCGACUGCAGCUGCUGAGGAAGUACGUGCUAGCGAGGGCGAGGCGGAGAUGGAAGGACGUCUCGGGCAAGCUCUGCUAUAUCAUAGGCACGGUCUACAUGGACAUGCCCCUCAAGCCAAACGUCCUCGAGGACAUCGGACGAGACGUAUCACUCUCUCCCUGCGCCACCUCCGCGCACAAAUACCACAGCCCCGACGACCAAGUUAUGCUCGAGGACGAGUCCGGGCGCAUCGUGCUCGUCGGCGAGCGCCUCCGCGCCGCGAGCCUUGUCACCGGCGUAAUCGUUGGCGUGCUCGGCAUCGAGACGAAUGGUGGCGAGUUCGAGAUCGUUGACGUGUGCUAUGCGGGGAUGGCGCCUCAGCCGUCGAAGGGGCUCGAGUGGGCGAAGCAGAAGCAGAAGGACAGCACGAUGGAUGUGGACGGUGCGCUAGGUGAGGGCCAGGGAGACGAAUGGGUCGCACUCGUGUCCGGGCUCGAGAUCGGCGCUCCGUCGCCUGCGGAUGCGCAAAUACAGAUGCUUAUUGAAUAUCUCUCUGGGGAGGCGGGCGGCCCAGACGACCAAGCCAUUUGCUCCCGAAUAUCUAGGUUGGUCAUCGCCGGGAAUUCGUUCUCACACAGUGUGAGCGCGAGCGGCGGUGGGAACGAAGACGAAAAGGAAAAGCGCCGCUACGGCCACGAUCCAGCGAACUUCUCACAUCACCCGACACUCACGCUCUCCGCGCACCUCCUUGACAUCGCGCGCUCGAUGCCCGUCCACAUCCUACCCGGUGCCUCAGACCCCGCAGGCACACUCCUACCUCAACAACCCUUCCCCCGCGCGAUGUUCCGCGGCGCCUCCGCGUACGCCUCCUUCUCCUGCGAAACCAACCCAACCUACAUCCGCGUCGGGCCCCCCUCCUCCUUCGUCCCUCCCGCGCCCGAAACCGGCAAGGGCAAGCAGAAGGCCUCCGCAUCCACCUCGAAGGGCGCCCCGCCGCCGGAGUCCGGCCCCUCGCGGACGAUCCUGGUAUCGUCCGGCCAGCCGGUAGAGGACAUGUACAAGUACCUGCCCUCCCCGCCGCACACGCGGCUCGCGCUCGCGUGCGAGUCGCUCAAGUGGCGGCACCUCGCGCCGACCGCGCCGGAUACGCUCUGGUGCCACCCGUACUUCGCGCAGGACCCGUUCGUGCUCGCGGAGACGCCGGACGUGUACGUCGUGGGGAACCAGCCUGCGUUUGGAACGAGGACCGGAGGGAAAGGCAUGGAGGGUGAAGGUGGGGAGAAGAGGUGUAGGGUCGUGUUGGUGCCUGCGUUUAGGAAGACCGGUGUGGUUGUGCUGUUGAAUUUGCGGACGUUGGCUGUAAGGACUCUGCAGUUUGCGGUGGAUGGGAUGGGCGGGGCUGGGGAGGCAACAUGA